CUUUUUUGAUCAUUAAGGGGAAAAGGCUUCCCCAGCCCACCUGGCCCUUUGUGAAAAUCUAAUUGCCCAUCUUGUUAAUCAUGGAUUAAUGUGAUAAACCAUGUUUUUAAUUCAAUUUCAGUCACCACGGCGCGGCCCGUGGCCUGUAAAAUCAAGAUAUCACUUAAAUCGAAUCUUUCUGACGAUAUGAAGUAGAGCUCAAAAAGCAACACAUCAUACUCUGAUCUCAAGAACUGAGAUACAAAGUCAUUGAUAUGUUUCAGCCUGGAAAGGGGUACAAACCAACUUUUAAGGCUUUAGGAUACCAGCAAACAAACACAGUGAGAUCCACCAUCUACAAAUGGGGAAACUUGGAACAGUGAUGAACCAUCCUGGAAGUGGUUGGCCUAUCACAAUGGACCACUCAUCCAGGAGGUCUCAAAAGAACCAAGGAGAACAUAUUUAGCUCUGCAGGCCUUAAGCCUCAGUUAAGGUUGGAUUUCAGGAUUCAACAAACAGAAAAAAAAAAACUGACCUCCACGCGAGAGUUUCAUCGUAAUCUAUGACCCAAAAGAACAUAAAGGCCCGUCUCACAUCUACCAAAAAACACUUCGAUGAUCCUCAAGACUUUAGAAAAAAUCUUGAGUUUCAUUUUUGGAAGGUGUCCACCCUGUCAUAUCUGGCGUAAACUAGAACUAGAUGUUCUAUGUUCUAGAAACUAGGACAUGGUGGUGUGAAGGUCUGCGUCUGCUGUAGGACGGACAGCUUCUGCUAUCUGAUGGAACCAUAAAUUCUGUUCUGUAGCAUAAAAUCCUGAAGGAGAAUCUCCAGCCAUCCGUUCAAGACCUUAAACUCGUGCGUAGUUGGCUUAGGUAGUAGAACAAAUUAUUAAAAGCACACCAGCAAGUCCACCUCUGAAGUGCUAAAAAGAGGGGAAAAAAACAAAUGAAAAUUUCAGAGUGGCCUAAUCAAAGUCUGGAUUUCUAUCUGAUUGAGAUGCUGUGACAUGAACUUAAACAGGAUGUCCAUGCUCAAAAACCAUCCAGUGUGUCUCAAUUUAAACCGUUCUGCAAUGACAAGCAGGCCACGGUUGGUACCACAGUGAUGUUAAAGACCCAAAACACUUGAUGUCAGUUGUUGCUGCAAAGGGUAAAACAACCAGUUAUUCAUUCAUUUAUUCAUUUCAAUUAUUUUUUUCACAUAGGACAAGGUUGGUAUGGGUAGAUUUUUCCUUAAUAAAUGAAAUCAUAGCUUUUUAGAGUUACUCUGGCUGUCUUUGUCUUAUAUUAAAAUGUGUUCAGUGGUCUGAAACAUUUAAGUGAGGAAAAAAAAAAAGAAUACUUCACUCUAACACAACAACUAACAAGGAAGAAACAUCAGCGUUUUAAAGGUUUUUGAUCAAGAAUUUAUUCAUUUUUAUUUUCGAAAGUUGUUAAAUUUGAAUGAACAGUUUCUAAUUUACGGCUUUAGUUCAUUUGAUAUAAAUGUUUUACGAAGAGCUAAUAAGUGCCAACAUCAAAAAAGAUGAGUUGUUCAAGCACAAUGGUUCAUCAGAAACGUCUCACAAGUGUAGUAAAGUGGAAAUAAUGUCAAGAACUCCCUGUGGUGGACCACAGUGAACCAGGAUCAAGUGCUGGUGGAGACCAUCUUCAUCUGAAGUUAGAUCUGGGAACUACAUCCAACUUGACCUUGUUCCAAGCUUGAAAACCAUUGACUAAUUUAUAUUCUCAGUGACCAGGGUAACUACUAUUAGCAAAACAGGGGAAUAAAAUUGUAUUUCUCUGCAUUUUGUACUUUUAAAUAUAAAAUUGUAUAGCACUUGAGUAAAAUAGUUUUUUUUUAUUAUUAUGAAAACUGCCAAGAGUGCAAGAAAAUAUAUUUUUACAUUGUCUUUUUGUUGUUAAAGGCACGGCAGCCAUAUUGGAUUUUGAGUUGGAGCUGGUAAGAAAUGAUUGGAAUUCUGACUUUAACAGAACUAAUUGUUGAUUGAACAAACUCAAAACUUCAACUUCUGAGUAAAAAUAGAGCACAUAAUUAAAAGGCAAUCUUCAACCAGGCAUGCAGAGAGAGCAUAGGAUUUUGUUUCUUUUCUUUGUUGUUAAGGCAUAACACAACAAACUAAAACUAUCCUGGUGCUACAUGUAAUAAAAGACGUGAGCACUGCUGUUAUAGAUGGCAUCAGUUCUCCUUUUACAAACACACACUCUACAAAAUAAGACCAGUCCAGUAAUAAGUCCAGUGGUCCAUAAUUUACAGUUUCCUACACAUGGGUGACAAUUUCUGUAAAUUUGAUGCAAAAACGAGAAAAAAAUGGAAUUAAAUAAAUCAAUAUGAGACAAUAUCUGCUAAUGAUGACUCAUGGUUAUGAGUCAGCUGUUUAUAAAAUCUGGGCAAUCUCAUAAUUAUGACUUUGCUAUCUAACAGUUAGCUAACUUAUGAUUAUAAGAUACUUUCUUAUUAUUAUGAAUAAAUCACCUCCUAAUUAUGACUUAGCUAUGCCAUAGUUGUGGGAUAUUAUCGUAUAUAAUAACUUUGCUCUCUAAUAAUUUUGACUUGACUCUUGGAAUAUUUAUUUAUCAUUUAUAUUUAUGAAAUAAUAUCUCAUUGUUGUUAGAUAGCUUAAACAUGAGACUUUAAUUACGAGAUAAAAUCUACUAAUUAUAAUUUCUCAUAAUUAUUAGAAAGCAUCUCAUAACAAUUAUUUUAAUUUUAAUAUCAAGGUAGCAGAAAUGGGCUUCCAUACGUAGAAUAGAGCUCUCUAAAAUGCAAUUGUUUUAUAAAAUGACUCAAAGAUGGAGACCUGGAUGUUAUGUAUGAGACAGACUGAUGUUUAUCCCAGAAUCAUUUUCUGUAAGCGAGGAGAUCCGGAUGUUCUGGUGUUCUCCCACUGACACCAGCCGGCUGCUGCUCUGGCCAUGAGGAUGGAGCAUCAUCAGCAUCACAUGCUGCUGUACCUGCUCUCCUCCAACAUGGACCAGUGUUUGGGCCUGACGUCAGCCGUCACCGCCCUGCCUGCCUGCAGUAUCUGUGGCUACAAUUGAUGAUGGAGACGGGGAGCAGCGGCCUCGCAAUGAAGCCCAUCCGGAGGCGGAAAUAAGGCACAUUUAAACGAAGACAAUUUUUUGGAAGGAAAGGGGGAAAGGGGGACAACUUUCGGAUGGGGACAAGGCCACCAAUCUCCAUAUCUGGCCGGAGAAGCGAUGCUUCUCCGCGGCAACACGGCAGGGAGCGGCGGGCUGUGUCGCUCUGGUCUGGGGCUUCCCUAGUUUGGCAGAGCUCCUCUGAGCGCUGAGGAGGUCAUUUAGGUAAAUGUUUCCUAAACUGUAAUUAAAAAGAAACAAUGAUGGAAAUGAAGACGGGGGAAAUAGUCCCCCUUUACCAGGGUGGAGCUGCGGUUUAAUAAAUUAUGAGGCGUUCCGCUCGGCGCUCUCAGCCCUAAUUGAGGCUGGUUUAGAUGUUUAUGUCCGACAGAAACUCCAGCUGUCCUCCUCAACGCGCUGAUGUGCUGCCUCAAUAAUGGCACCGGAGCUUAUUUAUCAGCUGGAGAUGCUGAUGGCUGCUUUCUGGUGCGGGACGAGCCCUGCCUUUAACACGAACUACCCCGAUAGUGGGCUGUUUAUGCGAUCCGGCGCGGCGCUGCAAGUGGGCUGAUUCGGUUCUCCGCUGGGUUCGUAUGUGAUCUGAUUCUCCAGAACUGCUGAGCCUUUACGUUUCUGUGAAAUAUGCCCGGGCCUCGUCCAGAACAAAGUGAUGGAGCUGUCACUGUGCGCGGCGGUGGAGACCAGAUGUUGUGAGCAUAUAGUGGGGAACCCUUUCUGCAAAUAAGGCGCAACCGCAGGGAGAACCAUCAUGUCCAAAGUGGUCAGCAACAAGGAGAAGAAGUCCUUCAGCAAGAAGCUGUUCCGGAGGAGCUCGGUCCGCUCCGUGGGGAGCUUCAUGAACAGAGUCCUCCGGACCCUGUCCACUCUCUCUCACUUCGGAACCGAUGAGCAGGCCGCCGACGACGAGAAGGACGAGGCGGCUUUGAUACCGAGCACCACCGGAGGGUCCGUCCCGUCUGACGACAGCGACUGCGGGGGGUUCCCCUUCGGGGACAAGGUGCCGGGUGUCGCUGGACUCAAGAACCACGGCAACACCUGCUUCAUGAACGCCAUCCUGCAGUGCCUGAGCAACACGGAGCUCUUCGCGGAGUACCUGGCCCUGGAGCAGUUCCGGGGGGGAGAGGCGAGCAGCGGCGACAGCGAAAAGCCGAAGCCCAACGGGGGUCUGGUGCAGAAGAAGUGGGGCAGCCAGCAGCAGCAGGAGGCAGGGGAGGUGACGGAACAGCUGUCCGGGCUGGUCCGGGCUCUCUGGACCUUCGAGUACACACCUCAGCACAGCAGAGACUUUAAGAAUGUGGUGUCGAAGAGCGCCCUUCAGUUCAGAGGAAGCUCCCAACACGAUGCCCAGGAGUUCCUCCUCUGGCUGCUUGACAGAGUUCACGAAGACCUCAACCAAAUCGUCCACCCUGACAGCAGACCCCCCAGAAAGCCUCCAGUAGAGGCAGAACCAGUCCCUGAAGGAUCUCCGCUACCAGCACCUGGCUCUUUUGUACAGGAGCUGUUUCAGGCUCAAUACAGGUCUUCCCUAACUUGUCCUCACUGCCAGAAACAGAGUAACACGUUUGAUCCUUUCCUCUGCAUCUCACUGCCAAUCCCAGUACCUCACACACGACCUCUGUAUGUGACGGUGGUGUACCAAGGAAAGUGUUCGCACUGUAUGCGAGUCGGGGUGGCCGUGCCUCUCUCUGGCACCGUGUCCAGACUCAGGCACGCUGUGGCACAGGAGACCAAAAUCCCCGCGCAACAGAUUGUCCUCACUGAAAUGUACUUUGAUGGCUUUCAUCGCUCCUUCUGUGACGACGAUGAAGACCUUGAGAUUAUUCAGGAAAGCGACUCCAUCUUUGCUUUUGAGACGCCCGAGCUAUUCAGACCAGAGCAGAUCCGAUCUAAGCGAGGCGGUACAACGACAGGGAGCCCGCAUGCAAAUCUCAAUCAGAACAGCCUGAAGUACGGUACGGAUAACAACAGGAUCUCCACGCAAAUACAAGAGCCCACAACACCACCUCAGAGUCCCAAUAAGAACAGCGGACAGGCUGAGAAGAUCGUGCUAUUGGUGUGCAACAGAGCUUGCGCUGGACAGCAGGGACGCAGGUUUGGGAAUCCCUUUAUUCUCUAUCUGGAGCGUACAGUAACAUGGGACACACUGCAGACUGAGAUUUUGGAGAAGAUGAGGCAUCUUUUGCGUCCUGGUGCCAUUGUGCAGGUGGGGCCCUUCACUUUACGUGUGGUGGGAGUGGUGGGAAUCACAUACCUACUGCCUCAAGAGGAGCAGCCCCUCUGCCAUCCCUCUGUGGAAAGAGCUUUCAAGUCCUGUGGCCCAGGUGGGCCGCCUCAUGUCAAAAUUGUUGUUGAAUGGGACAAGGAGACAAAAGACUAUCUGUUCAAGAGAACUGAGGAUGAGUACAUCCCAGAUGCCGAGAGCGUACGCCAGGUGAAGGAGCAGCAUCUGCAGCCUCAGACCUGCACACUGGUCCAGUGCUUACAGCUAUACACCAAAGAAGAGCAGCUUGCCCCUGAUGAUGCAUGGAGAUGUCCACACUGCAAGCAGCUUCAGCAGGGCAGCAUCAAACUGAGUCUGUGGACACUGCCAGACAUCCUCAUUCUUCACCUCAAGCGCUUCAGACAGGACGGGGAUCGGCGUGUGAAGAUGCAGAACAUGGUGAGGUUCCCGCUCACAGGCAUGGACAUGGCCCCGCACAUGGUGAAGAGGAGCCAGAGCAGCUGGAGUCUCCCCUCCCACUGGUCGCCGUGGAGAAGGCCGUACGGCAUGGGCCGUGAUCCUGAGGACUACCUUUAUGACCUGUAUGCAGUCUGCAACCAUCACGGGACCAUGCAGGGGGGACAUUACACAGCUUACUGUAAGAACUCCAUUGAUGGACAGUGGUAUUGCUUCGAUGAUAGUGAUGUUCAUCCCAUAUCUGAAGACGAGGUCUGCAAGCAGACUGGUUACAUCCUGUUUUAUCAAAGAAGAGCAACGAUCCCAUCCUGGUCGGCCAACAGUUCUGUUGGGGGUUCCACCAGUUCCUCUCUGUGUGAGCACUGGAUAAGUCGGCUGAUGGGAAGCCGUCCUCCCAGCCAGGCCUCGUCUGGUUCCUCAAGACGCACCUCUCUGGCGUCUCUCUCAGAGUCCGCUGAGUUCACCGGUGAACGGAGCGAGGAUGAUGGCCUUUCUACCCGACCAGCAGUCAGAGGCAUGCAGAGGCAAACUUUCUCUUCAAGAUCGUCUAUUGCCAGCCCUCUUGUUCUGAGUGAAAAUGGCACAAAACCACCCUGGUCUCACUCAGCUAAGCUCCAGCUCCGUUCCAACUCUCCCUCACGCUUCUCCCUAGAGUCCCAUUCCUCACCGACUCUGGAGAGGAUAGGAGAGGUGGUUGAUAUCCAGCCGACAGCCUUGUGUUUCACUGGUUCACCUAAGCCAGAUAAAAUGUCGGGGGGGAAGUCGGCCCUUGCUGCUUUGGACACCAAUGUGGGAACUAAGAGGCUAAUAGAGCAGGGGCGCUUCAAGUCUGUGGUACAGGCAGAACAGAGGAACUCGAACCCAGCAGGGGAAAGCAACCAUGCUGAGCAGAUUAGUCCUCGACAUGGAAUAGCCCCAAAGGAAGCGAAGCAAAGAAAUGGGAGUGCAGAAAGUGUUGGCAUCAAAAGGACCUCAGGCAAGACUGGGUUAGAAGCUGAACGAAGUCCCAGGAAACGCCCUCCCACUUCCUCAACAUCAUCCAGCUCCCUUUCCCCGGCGUCUCCAGCCAUCAACAAGUCACCGUCUCGAACGCAGUCCAAGGGUGCAGCAUCUGCAUUGGACUCCAAGGACAAAAGCACUGGACCACCUAAAGCAAGUAAGGGAGGUUCUUCAAGAACAGCAACCCCUUCCAAGAAAACAUCUUCCCAAAGCGCAGAGUCAUUGCAUCCUGACGCACAGCAGAGGAAGAGUGGUUCUUCAGGGUUACAGAGCUCACAGCCUCAGAAGAGGACAUCAAACAGAGAAGGCGGGGAGAAAAACUCAGCUGGAGAAAGGACUAAAGCAGCAGACAGGAGCACCAGUCGUGAAUCUUCACGGGCGAGUGCACUGUCGGAUAGAAAGGUCAGCCAUGGGGCUCCUUCCUCCAGGCUGAGUGCUGCGAGUAGAACUGAAGGUAGGCCCGGCAGAGCUGUGGAGGACAGGGCAGCAGGCCGGAGCUCAAGCAGUAGUUCCUCCAUGGCUAGCCUCCGAUCCUCAAGUGUAGGGGUUUCCUCUACUAGUUCAGCUCCGUCGUCAAGGGGACCUCGAGGGACGAGCAAGACAGAAGACAAAGGUCUGUCCUUCUUCAAAACUGCUCUGAGGCCCAAGGAGAACCGUAAACCAGGUGAGAGUGGGAAAUCAGGGGUGGGAGAGGUCAAAGCAAUUCCAGAAGAAAGUACUGGUGAUGCAACCCAGCGUGCUGUGAGCAAAAAAGUUCAGAAUGCAGGUUCAGAACAGCAUACUACAGCCAAAGAUAAGGAAUCCUCUAAAGUAUCAGUUGCAGCUAAACAUUCACUGCUGCCCUCCACAAAAUCCAAGCUCCCAGAAGCACAAACCCAGUCUUCAGCCGUCACAAAGGACCCUUCGAAGAAAGAGCCGGCCAAAAAGACACUGCAGUCCAGGAAAAUUCCAAUCAAUUCCUCACAAACUAGCCAGAGAUCCAAGUGAUGUUACUUCAAAGGUCUGAUGAGAAUCUUUCUAGUGCAGCUCUGAGGUGUUUUCUUUUUUUUGCCAUCCGACAGACAUUUUUAAAACACCCGUAACUUUCCAGUGCUUACGGAAUACCAGCUGCCACAGAGGACGCUUACCUACAAAUUUAUUUAGGAAUGGGUUUUAAACAAAGCACUUUGUAUGGAUUGCAUUAAUUUUAAAGAAUAUUAUACUGUAUUGUAAAUACGCAUGGACAUGUAUGGAAAUUAUUGCCUUGUUCUGUCUGUAGCACUGUUGGGAGAGGAACAUCUCAGUUGGCACUGAAAGUAAAAAGUGACUUUGCAUAAGAUGGAAAGCAGAUACGAUGACUGAGCAACAUGAAAGAUAGACAGCUCCGUCACCAAAGGAUGUUUAUGGAGAUUUUCAACAUGCUGAAGCGGUGAAUAAUUUUCUGAAAUCACUUUGUACUGCUCUCCUUCAGUAUUGAGAGCCAUAUGUCAACAACAAACAUCAGUGCCUCAGAUAAUCAUUAGAAAUAUUUCCCCGAAAUUGUUUAACAUGCAGGUGUUGGGAAAUUUGUAAUUAAAUAUAUUGACAUUAACUAAGCACUGAACCUGUAAGUUUAAGUAAAACACAAUUAAGCCUAUUUAACCUGAACUACUGUUUACAUAUGCUCUUUGGUGUAGAAACUCUGCAGCAGCCUUUAAGACCCAUUUCUUUUACGUCCAGUCAAAAAUCUGUCCUUGAGAGGCUGGGAAGAGGUGUUGCCGGCAUUAACCGAUCGGAAACCCGGGUUGGCAGUGGCUCUUAAUGCUUCGUUUACUGGUUGCAACCUGUAAGCUGUUCAGACAUCUCCCCACCUGUUGCCACCUCUGCUAGCUGCUGAAACUGACCUGAGAUGCCCAUGUUUGUCAUAGGCAUCGGCCUCUUCAGACUGCCAGACAUCUCCGAACAUUCCUCUCAGAUCAACACAGGGUUAAUGUAAAGAAUAGAGAAAAAAACACCUCACACGCAACUGAACAACUCAUUUAAAGACAGCUGGGAUGUCUCCGCUGAACACCAUACUUGUACAUAGAGCGCUAUGGUGUGUUUUAUUCAGCACAUCCUCUGUUAUCACAUUUGACAUCACAGCUUGUGCACAUUUUUAGCUUGAGAGUAGAUCAGCACCCACUGUGUUAACACAGGCUGAGAAGAAUUCAUAGUUCUCCAAGUGUACGGCAGUUGUUGCAUGAUGUAUUGCUUAUGCAUGCACCCAACUAUGCAAGCAGAUUCACUGAGUAUGUAGAAGUGCUACUCUUGGAUGUGUUUUUUCUUUGUAACUAGAGUUCUCCAAAUGCCUGCAUCAGAGAGCAUGGGAAGGCAUCUUCUAUUAAAGCUUUGUUUGCACAUUCCUCCAAAGUAAUACAUGUUUUGUAUGAAUGAUAAGUAUUGCUCAUUUGUCUUCUUAAAGUAAAUCCGCUCACUUGCAAAUGAA